GAUUGUCAGCUUUUCGGCUUUCAGCCUUUCCAGCUUGUGAAUUUUUUUCUUCCAACUGUUUUCCCCCAAUAGCAUUACACAUCUCUUGUCGGGAAUGUCAGCUGGACCGCGACUGGUGAUUGUGCUGAGUGGCAAGCGAAAGAGCGGCAAAGACUAUCUGAGCGACCAGCUCGUUUCCCGGCUCGAGCAACACGCGUCAUCAGCGACUGCGCAAGACAAAGCAGCAGCUACAUUGACAUCGACGGGUACUCCAAGCGCUGGAUUGGUGCGCGUCGUGCGACUGUCGGGUCCGCUGAAGGAGCAGUACGCAAAGGAGCACAAUUUGGACUUUCAAGAGCUGCUUGCGGCAUCACAGUACAAGGAAACGUAUCGCGCAGAUAUGAUCAAAUGGGGCGAGGCAAAGCGCAAUGCCGAUCCGUCAUUCUUUUGUCGCACUGCAACUGCUGGCGCGGACACUUUUCAGAUUUGGAUUGUGUCUGACGCACGAAGAGCCUCCGAUCUUGAUUACUUCCGAACUGCAUUCGGAUCCCGCUGCUUUGCUGUUCGUGUUGUUGCUUCCGACGCAGCGCGAGAGUCACGAGGCUACGUCUUUACUGCUGGCGUCGAUGAUGCAGAGAGCGAGUGUGGCCUGGACGGCGCUGCAUUUGAUCUCGUUGUGCGCAACGACGGCGAGCAAGGCACGCUGCAAGCGGGCAUCGAUGCGCUUGUGAAAAUGGCAUUGGAUGCAUGUUCAAUGAAUGCAUAGUCCUUUUUUUUC